UUCUUGUUCUUGUUUUUGUGUUCUUCUUCUUUUUAUGCUUCAUAUAUUUCGAUAUUAUGCACUUUACAUUCUUCUUGUUUCUCUCUGAAACUGAACCAUGAUCAUACUUCUUUGAAGUGAAGUUGUGUGGGUUGAUCAAAUCUAUAUGAUGAAAAUCAUUCUUGUGAUCAUUCACUAGAUACAAAGAGAAUGCACUCAUUUCUAUAAACAACUAGGAACUUGCUUUUUAACUUGGAAGUUGUUAAGUAACUGCUGCAUUUUCUGCAAAGGAGAAGAAGUGAAGAGAGUUUGGUGAUAUGAUGAAGGGAAGAACAUCUAACACUGCACCGUCGAAUCGGUCUACAAAGAAUGGGAGAAGAGAUCAAAAGCCACAGAAGACGAACGGUGCUAAAAGAUCUUUAGAGCAAGAAAGACUUAAGUCUCUAGAAGCUAAGGAAGAAGCUGAGGUCUCUGAAGCAGUAAGUGUUACAACCGCACAAGCAAAUGAUGAUGCAGUGAAUGGGUCUUCCGAGAAUCAUCAAGACUCAGAGUCUAGUGAAGUCACAGAUAAACAAGAGAGUGUGAAUGGUUUGGUGAAGGAUGUUGAUGAUGAUAAGAGAGCGGAUCAUUUGGUAGAAGAAGUUAAAGAAGAUGCUUCAGACAAUGACAUUGGUAGUGGAAGUGAGAAGGAGGCAAGUGAGUAUGACGAAGCAUUGAAACAAAAGGUUGAGAGUUUGGAGACAAGAAUUGAGAAACUUGAAGAAGAGCUAAGAGAAGUUGCAGCGCUCGAGAUUUCUCUAUAUUCGGUUGUACCAGACCACUCUAGCUCAGCUCACAAGCUUCACACGCCUGCUAGAAGAGUUUCAAGACUCUACAUACAAGCUUGUAAACAUUGGAGUCAAGAAAAGCGAGCAACUGUUGCUAGAAACACAGUCUCUGGUCUCAUUUUAGCUGCUAAAUCUUGCGGAAAUGAUGUUUCCAGAUUAACGUUCUGGUUAUCAAACAUAAUCACUUUGAGAGAGAUCACUACUUCACAUGCAUUCACGCAAACCUCUAAAUCAAAUGGGAGUGAAACCUUCACUCCAGCAUUAGAGAAAGUCGAGUUCUGGAUCUUCUCUAGAAUUGUUGAAUCUGUUUGGUGGCAGGUCUUCACUCCUCAUAUGCAAUCCCCGGAAAAUGUCGGUAAAAAGAAUGAGAAACUAAUGGGAGAACAAGAGAAAGGAAGCUUUUCAAUUAGCUUAUGGCAAAACGCUUUCAAAGUUGCACUAUCACGUCUUUGUCCUACGCGAGGUGAAGGACAUGAGUGUGGUUGCUUACCUAUCUUGUCUAAAAUGGUAAUGGAGAAGUGUAUAGCUAGAGUUGAUGUAACCAUGUUCAACGCUAUACUACGCGAAUCAGAACACCAGAUUCCCACAGAUCCUGUCUCUGAUCCUAUUCUUGAUUCCAAAGUUCUGCCUAUAACUGCUGGAGACUUAAGCUUUGGAUCCGGGGCACAGCUUAAAAACGCGAUUGGAAACUGGUGCAGAUGCCUCGCUGAAGACUCUGUAGAAGAAGAUGAGAAGUACUUCAGCUUGUUAAACGAACUUAGCGAUCUACUUAUGCUCCCUAAAGACAUGCUUAUGGACUUAUCCGUUAGAGAAGAGGUAUGUCCAUCGAUCAGUCUUCCACUGAUCAAAAGAAUACUCUGCAACUUUACACCUGAUGAGUUUUGUCCUGAUCAUGUCCCUGGAGCUGUCUUAGAAGAGCUUAACACCGAGAGCAUUUCGGAUCAGAAGUUAUCAGGAGUUAACUUCCCUUAUGAAGCUUCACCUGUUACAUACAUUCCUCCAUCAUCAAUCAAUGUAGCAGAGAAAAUUGCAGAGGUAGGAGGAGACAUCUCUAGAAUGAAGAGGAAUGCGUCUGUGAUACAAAAAAAAGGAUACACGAGCGACGAGGAGCUUGAUGAGCUGGAUUCUCCUCUUAGAUUUGUUAUUGACAAAGUGUCUGUAUCACCAAGUUCGGGACACAAUGGGAAGGUGAAGCAGAAAGAUGAGCAAGUAGGUGCAGUGGUAGCGAAUGUAAGAUAUGAGCUUCUUAGGGAAGUAUGGUCGAUGUGAGUGAUUGGAAGCAAAACAUGUUUAGAUUUUUAGUGAAGCUCUUGUUACUUCUGAAACAAAUUAAGUAUUUUUCCAAGUUAUUAUAUGUAGCUGUAAGGAUUUUAAUGAAUACAGCGUCUGAAGUGGCAAUAAACUCUUUUAACAACA